UGAACCACUCUUUCCACCAUCCGCCCCCAGAUCGGAUCUGCAUCACACCGCCUCAAACCCAUCCGAAUAAUAGCGUUGUAGUUCUUUAUCACGAUGCUGUCAUUUCCACGAGCGAGCUCAUGAGCGUCCUACAGCGCUUCACUUGCUAUCUAACUCGACGGGUCGCCGAUUUUUGUCUUCCAGGCACAGGAAUUGUCCUCCCUCCGGCAGACAAGUCCGCGGUGGAAGGAACGAAGCUAGCAUUUUAGUUGCAUUUGAUUUGUCAUCCGGCGGAUCGGAUGCGAGAGGCGAGUUCGACCCCGAUAUGUUCCUCUCCGCGGCCGGGUACGGUAGCUCACGACCACCGCUGGCCCAAACAGUCGAGGUGACUCGGCAUGGCUGACCCGAGCUGCGAUCUCCGUGGUUGCACCUAACUUAAGACCCAUGAGACUUCCCAUCUUUUUUGGGCGUAAAGUAGACCGUUUUUGAAUUAAAUGAAAUGAAAUACGUCAGAGAAUCGUGCAUACCGUUGGAGCAGUAAAUGAUGGCAGCUAAAGAGGAACUCUACGCCAAAGUGACCCCGCGGAGACAGCGCCAGACUCGUGCAGGCACCGUCAAACAUGGGUCAACUCUGGACGUGCUGCUGUCCAUGGGCUUCCCUAAGACCAGGGCAUUGAAAGCUUUGGUUUCGACAGGAGGGAAAAACGUCCAGGCAGCUUGUGACUGGCUCUUUUCGCAUGUGGAUGACCCUUUCCUGGAUGACCCUCUGCCUCGGGAAUAUGUGUUGUAUCUGCGACCCAGUGGUCCGCUGCUGCAGCAGCUCUCGCUCUUCUGGCAGCAAUCUCGCCUCUCAUGUGGCAAAAAUAAGGCACACAACAUCUUCCCCCACAUCACCCUCUGCCAGUUUUUCAUGUGUGCCGAUGGGAAAGUGGAGGCUCUGUCAGAUGCCCUCCAGACUUCUGUUGCUAAGUGGAAAGGUCGUAUACCCAUGCCCCUUCCCCUGGAGUUGUACACGUCCUCCACCUUCAUUGGGCUCUUUGUGGAGGAGCAGGUGGCGGAGGUGCUGAAGAGUUUUGCAGCCGAUUUUGCAAAUGAAGCGGAAACUAAAGCAGCACAUUUUCUCUGUCCAGAUGUGCAUGUUGAGCACCAUAAGAAGCAACUGCAUGUCACCUUGGCGUACCACUUCCAAGGCAGCCAUCUUCCAGUUUUAGAAAAGCUGGCCAAAAACGUAGAUGUGUCGUCAGGCUGCGACUGGUUGGCUGUGCUCUUCUCCCGGGAUAUUCGCUUUGCCAAUCACGAGACACUGCAGGUCAUGUAUCCCUAUGUGCCUCAAAAUGAUGACGAGCUCGAACUGGUGCCUGGAGACUUCAUCUUCAUGUCACCUAUGGAGCAAAGCAGUGCCAGUGAGGGCUGGGUUUACGGCACGUCCCUGGGCACGGGGCUGUCCGGCCUGCUGCCUGAAAAUUACGUCAGCCGCGCUGAUGAGUCUGACACUUGGGUUGUUCAUGGGUCUCAUUCCAUUCUCAAUUACACCUCCCCGUCUAAUGCUAGCAGCACCCUAGGUGGCUUACUGUUUGAUGAACAGCACACUGACAGUCUUCUUGACAGUCUGGUGGAUCCCCCAAGCCUCGGUGGCCUCUGUCCUCCCAUGCAGGUGACGCGGGGAGCUGGUCAGUCUUCUCUGUCCAAGAUGAGAUUGUUUGUGUGCCGACACGGGGAGAGGAUGGAUGUUGUAUUUGGGAAACACUGGGUCACUCAGUGCUUUGAUGCCAAAGGCAGAUAUGUUCGCUCAAAUCUCAACAUGCCAUCCAGCCUGCCAACCAGAAGCAACGGUCACAGAGACUAUGAUAAAGAUUGUCCAAUUACUGUGUUUGGCUCAUCCCAGGCCCGUCUUGUAGGUGAAGCCUUGUUGGAAAGCCACACCACAAUAGACUUUGUGUAUUGCUCUCCUUCACUUCGCUGCGUCCAGACCGCUCAGCACAUUCUGCAGGGUCUCCAACAGGAGGGGAAGACAAAAAUCCGUGUGGAGCCUGGACUUUUUGAAUGGACCAAGUGGGUUUCAGGCACCUGUUUACCCACCUGGAUUCCUCCAACAGAGCUGGCUGCUGCCAACUUGAGUGUGGACACAACAUACAGACCUCAUGUACCCGUAAACAAGCUAGUGGUGUCUGAGUCCUAUGACACCUACAUCAGCCGGAGCUUCCAAGUGACUCGAGAAAUCAUAUCAGAGUGCAAAAAUCUGGGAAACAAGGUUCUGAUUGUGGCCCAUGCGUCCUCCCUGGAGGCCUGCACUCGCCAGAUACAAGGACUCAGCCCACAAAACUCCAAGGACUUUGUGCAAGUUGUGCGAAAGAUUCCCUACUUGGGAUUUUGUGCUUGUGAAGAAAUGGGCGAGACGGGGGUGUGGCAACUGGUUGACCCCCCCAUCCUGCCUUUGACACAUGGACCCAAUCACAGCUUCAACUGGAGGGAAAUGCUCAUGCCGGACUGAACAAUGACACACAUUUCCUUCAACAUUGUGACAUGCAGAAUCAGUAUUUAUUUUUUAACCACACCGCUACCAAAAAAAACCCCACGUCUGGCUUCCAUGAACUGCAUCUUGUCAAAAACGUGCAUUUUUUGGGGGGGCAAAUGUAUUGAGAUGCACAGCUCAGGAAUGUGAUGAUAACAGCAAACAGUAGCUGGACUCAUGUCUUUGUAUUCUCCCACCCGUAUAUACACUGUGACAAGAAUUAUAUGAGAGAGACUACAGAAAAACAUUUCAGAAACUAUUAUUUGACUUGUGGCUACAACUUUACUGAGGAAGAAGCACAAAAGAAGUGUUGACAUGAACGAAAUUAUCAGAUUUCAUGGUGGAAACGUUUUGGGUUUUUUGUACCUGAUUUUAUUCCAGUAAUAUCAUUAGUCCUUAUGUUCUGCCGAAUUAUUGUUAUUAUUAUUAUUGUUAUUAUAUUAUUGUUAUUAUUAUCAUUAUUAUUAUUAUUGUAUGAACCCACUGGAACCUAAUGAAGUAAUUCAUGUUUUUUUUUUGUUUUUUUCCUCUUUAGCUCUUGCUGCAAUGUGAUAGUAUUAUAAUGCUUUUAAAAAUGUUGUUCAUUCAUCCACUUUAGUCACAUUUUAUUUAGCUGUACAUUUAGAAAGACUUUUAUAAAUACAAAUAUCCCAUUCAUGCGCUUAAAACUGAAUAAAGAUGGGUGGAGCAACUA